AUGUUACCUCUUGCUGUGUUCUUGCUUUGUGCAGCCUCGUGUGUCGCGACGCCUGCCAGUGGUGCAGGACCCCGGCUGAAUAACAACCAGCUGUACAAAUUCAGCUACACCACUGAGGUGCUGGUGGACAGGGCCCGGAGGUCAAAAGAGGGCAGUGCCGGUUACAAGAUGUCCAGCGAUGUGGACGUCAAUCUGGUGUGGAGAGAUCCGAGCAACAAGGAUGAGCAGUUGAUCCAACUGAAGAUCUCUAAUGUGAGAGCUGACCCAGUGUCUCAUCGAUCCGGGAAGAAGAAUAUCCUCCACGGAACCAGCAUUGAAACUGUUCUUGGCAAAACCAGACUGGCAGCCCUGACAAAGCCUUUCUUUCUGCACCUGAGAAAUGGAAAGGUUAAAGCGUUUUAUUCCUACUGGGCGGAGCCAGCCAUCAUCAAAAACCUUAAAAGAGGGGUGUCCAGUUUAUUGCAGCUGCAGCUCAGUACGGGAAAAGUUAUUGAGAAUGAUGUGUCUGGAAGGUGCACAGUUGCAUACAAGGCGGAAAACAACCGAGUGACAAGGACCAAGUUCAUGGAGUCAUGUAAAACUGCAGAGACUGGAUUCACCACACACAGCCAGGUUUUGGGUGUGACUCGGAAGUCUAGCUCCAUCACCGUGUUCACGCUUGAAGAGGGUUUCAUCCGCUCGGCUGUGGCUGAAGAAAGACACUCGCUGGUUGUCAACGCCCACCGGUCUUCAGCUGCAGAAGUUGUGUCCAGGCAAAGCUUCACACUGGUGGGGACAGAAGCUGGACCCCUGGACACUGCUGGAAAGGAUGCGGCCGCGGUUGUCAAGUCCAUCGAUGCCAAGCUGGCAGCUGUUGGUAUCAAAGCGGGGAUCAUCAAAGCUCAGUGCAAGACUUGUCCAUCACUCUUUGAACGCUGGCAGGCUCUACAGAAGAAAUUGGAGCCGGGCAGCUUGUCCAAGGCCUCGGCCCCUCGCAGCUUCUUGGCUCUCAUCCAGAGCAUCAGGAAGGCAUCCAAAGACGAUAUCCUCAAAGUGCUGAAGAGCGCCAGCAAGACAUCUCUUCCUCAGGUGGUGGAUGCUGUCACUUCCUCGCAAACUACAGCAUCUUUGGAUGCCAUGCUUGAAUUCCUUAACUUCACAGAUGCCAAAGGUAUGGUUCUGCAGGAGCGGUUUCUUUAUGCCUGUGGAUUUGCCUCACAUCCUAACGAGAGGAUGCUCCAGACACUGUUGGACAUUUCUAAAGGAAAGAUUGCCAGCCCUGACAUCAAGGAGUCAGUGGUAAUCAUUAUGGGGGCCCUCGUCCACAAACUGUGUCAGAAAGGAGGAUGUAACUUACCGACAGUCGUUGAGGUCAAGAAGAUGAUUCUGGAGGGGCCAGACAGCACACAAGAAGAGUCCGAGGUCCAGAUGUUCCUCCUGGCUCUGAAAAACUCCCUGCUCCCUGAGGCCGUUCCCAUCUUCACCAAGUACACUGAGUCAGAAGUGGGCGCGUACAGCACCAUCGCCCUCACCAGCCUGCAGAGAUACGACGUCACCCUCAUAACUGAUGAGGUAAAACAGACGGUGAACAGAAUUUACCACCAGAAUCGACGGAUUUAUGAGAAAAACGUGCGCGCCGCCGCUGCAGAUGUCAUCCUCGGCAGCAACCCAUCGUACAUGGAGGUCAAGAAUCUCCUGUUGUCCAUUGGACACCUGCCUCAUGAGAUGAACAAGUACAUGUUGUCUAAGAUUCAGGACAUCCUCCGCUUCCACAUGCCUGCUAGCAAAGCUUUGAGACGAGUUAUGCGGGAUACGAUUUCACACAACUAUGACAGAUUUUCAAAAUUUGGGUCAUCGUCUGCAUACUCAGGAUUCAUGGCGAAAUCUGUUGAUGUCACGUCCACAUACAGUUUGGACAUUUUGUACUCGGGCUCUGGAAUCCUGAGAAGAAGCAACAUGAACAUUUACGGUACUAGUAAAGGAGCAAUGCUACAUGGACUGCAGGUGGCGAUCGAGGCUCAGGGUUUGGAGUCGCUCAUCGCCGCCACACCGGAUGAGGGAGAGGGAGACUUGGAGUCAUUCGCCGGGAUGUCGGCUCUGCUGUUCGAUGUCCAACUACGACCUGUCACCUUCUUCAGGGGUUAUAGCGACCUCAUGUCCAAAAUGUUUUCCAUGACUGGGGAACCCAUGAAUGUGGUGAAGGGUCUGAUUCUGCUGACUGAUCAUUCUGAGGUCAUUCAGCUACAGUCUGGUCUGAAGGCAAGUGCGGAGUUCCAAGGAGGGUUAGCCAUCGACAUCUCUGGUGGCAUGGAGAUCAGUUUGUGGUACAGGGAGUCCAAAACCAGCGUCAAUAACAGGGGAGCGUUAGUGGUGACUGGUAACGUUACAGUAGACAUGGACUUCAUGAGUGCCGGUUUGGAGGUCAGCUUUGAAACCGAGGCCUCCCUCGACUUCAUCACGACUGUCCAAUUCUCUGAGUAUCCUUUCCUGGUCUGUAUGCAGAUGGACAAAACCACCUUUCCUGUCAGCGAGUCCAUGAAGAAGCACGAGAGCCUGUCGUCAGGGAAGAGCGUCGUGUGGCAAAGGAGCAGGAAGCUGCUCAUCCCCGGCUCUGAAUUCCCGCUCCACCAGGAAAACUCAAACAUGUGCAAGAAGGUCUUUGACUCCAGCUCAUAGAGGAGACACCACUAACUCCCAGGAGGAAGCUUUCACGUUUGGGGCAUUUUAUAUUUCCCCUCUGUGAGGUUUUGGUGCAUUUCAGCAAGUAUACAUCACACCUCAGUAUCACGCAGUGAAACAUC